GCCGGAUGGGUGGGCCCAGCUCACCGGGCUGGGGACUGGGAUGGAAAAUGGUGGUUCCAGGCAGGUCAGUUCUCAUGACCCGAGCCCGGGCCCCUUCCAGGGCCACUGCAGCACCAACCCGCAGGAGUCUCCCGCGGGCCCUCAGCUGAACCUCUCCCAUGGGGUUGGGAGGAUCACCAAGGGAUUAUUCAUUAACAGUUGCAGACCCAAGCCUCCAGGCUUUGGAGUGACGGUGGGGAUGGCGGCGGGAGCCAAGGGCUGGCAUGAACAUUCGUGCUGACCAAGAUGAUUGACCACAGACUUUGCAAGCCCUGAAUCCAAUUAAGUUGCAAACAUGCUUUCCCUCAGGAGCACAGCCUACGGACCAGAGAAAACAUCAAAGAAAACCUAAGAACUUCGAGCCUUCUGCCAAGGAGCUGGAACUAAGUGUUCUGAUGACAGCAGAAAGGAGACCAGACAGCAAUGUCUCUAUCCUCCCACCCAUCCAACCCCCUCAGCACGGAGGCUCCUCCAACUCAGGGGACACUCCCUCCUCCCAGACUGGUCUUUGUCCAGAGAGCUCCCUAGCCUCUUCUCACCUUUGGGCUGUCUUUGGCCUCAGGCAAGAAGAAUUCCUGCCCCUGCUCCGGCCCUGCUUGUCUUCCAGCCCCCGUCCUUUCUCCACAGCAGUCAGACAGUCGUAGUUCAGCCUGUUCCUUCUGUCCCCUUUGCAUUUUUUACCAGAAAGGUUGACCAGAGCCGGGGAUAAUCGGGAAGAGUCCCUCACCCAAGGACCAGUUGGACCUCUUAUUCUGAAGAAUGGCACCAGCUGUGGCCUGGCUCCUGUUUCUCCAGCUUGUUCUAGGGCCAACUCUGGUUGUGGACAUCAAGGUGCAGAUUGCCAUCAAGAACUUCCGCAUAUUACACAUCGACUAUCCCCGGGUUAGCUACCCAAAGGGUUUCCAGGGCUAUUGUAAUGGUCUCAUGGCCUAUGUGCGGGGCAGAAAACAGAGCUGGUAUUGCCCCCAAAUCCAUUAUAUGGUGCAUGCCCCCUGGAGAGAGAUCAAGAGGUUCUGCAAGUACAGCGAUAGCUUCUGUGAGAAUUACAAUGAAUACUGUACACUCACAGAGGACUCCUUCCCUGUCACGAUCUGCUCUCUGGCCCCUAGACAGCCGCCUACGAGCUGCUACUACAAUGACACCCUAACCAACCAAAGGCUCUACCUGCUCUGUUCUGGAAAGCACGAUGCUGAACCGAUAGGUAUCAUCGGCCUCUACUAGGAAAGGCAGGCUUUCAUUCUGAACUGGCCCCUACUGCCACCACACACCAGCCUGUCCCUAUUCCCAAACCUCUGAUCCCUGGUAUAAGGCUUCCUCCCUGACUUCAAAGGCAGGCAGGAUCCCCUCCCAAGAGACCAGGGAGGUAGGACAAAUGUCUCGAGCUUCAGUCACCAUGCAAAGUCAUGCUGCCUGGUAGCCUCUUUCCAACUUGUUUACCUCCUUUCUUCCCCUACCAUCCUCCCUCUCCCACAGACAGUCUUACCCACCCAAGAAGCUGACUGUGUCCAGUUGGGAGUGACUGUCCAUCCACUGGGCCAGAUCCUGAUUCCUGAAUGGAGGCCCAGAGCCUCAGCUCACACCAUGGCAACCGGCGCCCAGCUCCAUAUCUCAACUCCCCAUCCCCAACACCCUUCUCUUCUCAGCCUUCCCCAUCUCCCUUAGGACUCUCCACUCACUCACCUUUGCAGUAGGUACCUCUAGCUACAGGGACCUCCCUGAGACCCUUAGACUCAUUCUAGCCUCACUUCUCCAGAAACCCCCUCAGUUCCCCAUCUGCUCCUCUCUAUGAAAUCACUGAUCUUUUCUCCACAUCACCUGUUCUUUCCUUUCUUCUCUACCACAGAGCCCAGGGUAGUCGCUCCCUGACAUUCCCAACCUCCCGUAGUCACCCUGUCUUCCUUUCUCUGACCCUUUUUCCUUCCAUCCUUCUCAUUGUGGCUCACUGGAGUUUCAAGUUACCUUCUCUGACCUGUUCCCUCCAAGAUUACUGCAUCCCUUUCCUUCCCAAAGCUCCUCCUGACACCCCCCAAACUCCAAGAUCUCCUGCUGACAGGACAGGGCUGAGGUGAGCCUGGCUGUAGUCACAGAAGGUUUUAAAACCACAUCUGAGAGGGGGCGCCUGGGUGGCUCAGUUGUUAAGCGUCUGCCUUUGGCUCAGGUCAUGAU